CUCGGGAUAAAAGUCUCCACUGAAAGAGAGAAAGACAGUCAGAGUGAACAGAGGAACAGACGAACAGAACGCAUCAACUGAAGAACCAACAGGACCAACAGGACCUGGACCAGUGGAACCAUCAGAGCUCCUCCUUCAGUCUGCUGAUUUAUCUGUUGACAUGUUCUGGCUCAGGAUGACUUCCUGUCUGUUGUUGCUCCUGUUCUUCUUCCAUUUUGUUCCUGCCAUCAUGGCCACCACCCAACCCGCUGGCUGCAAAAUCCGCAUCACAGAUAGAGGACUGGAGAUGUUGAAGGCUGAGACUCUGAAGUUUGUGGAGGAGGAGCUCAGUAACAUCAGUAUGCCGGAGAUGAAAGGCAAAGAAGGACGCUUCCAAUACACCAUCACUGAUGUGAAGAUAACCGAGUUGAAUCUGACUCACGCCAACCUUCAGUUCAUCCCUGAAGUCGGGUUGUUGUUCGAUGUUCAGAACUCAUCGAUCACGUUGACUUUCCACCGGCGGAUCCUCUACUGGUUCUUUUAUGACACAGGAAACAUCAACGCCUCGGCCGAAGGUGUGAACAUCAACACGGUUCUGAACUUGAUCAGAGACGAUGGAGGACGGCUUAAGAUCAAUAACAUUACCUGCGAUGCCAGAAUCGCCAAAAUGAAGGCAAAGUUCAGUGGAACACUUGGGAGAGUUUACGACUUCCUGGCGAGCUUUCUAACAACAGGCAUGCGCUUCCUCCUCAACCAACAGAUCUGUCCUGCUCUCAAUCAUGCGGCUCUGGUUCAUGUGAACUCAAUGCUGGACACGAUCCCUGUGAGGACGGAAGUCGAUCAAUAUAUCGGGAUUGAUUAUUCUUUGAUUGAUGACCCAGUGGUGACAUCCAGGAGCCUCGACAUGCACUUCAGGGGGAUGUUCUUCGACCUUUCUGAUCAGAACAACACGUUGGUGAACUAUGCUGUCGACCCUGUCAUCAGAGAGUACGACAGGAUGGUUUACCUCGCCCUGUCCGAAUUUUUCUUCGACAGCGGGUUGUUCUCUUACUACAGUGCGGGAAUCUUCCAGAUGCACAUCGUCAACGAGAAGAUGCCCAAAGACAUGGAGAUGUUGUUGAGAACCACCUACUUUGGAACCAUCAUGAUGCUGAACCCGGCUCUGGUGGAUGCGCCACUCUCUCUGCAACUUGCUGUCAACUCUCCUCCAAAAACCUCCAUCAAGACAUCUGGCGCGACGGUUGUCAUGACAGCCAUUGUCAAGGUGAUGGUGCUGCCUCCAGGUCAGCCUCCGGUCCAGCUUAGCAGCAUGACCAUGGAAACAAAGUUUAACGCUAAAGUUUCUAUGAAGGGCAAACGUCUGGCUGUUCAUGCUGACCUCCGCAGGUUUAAAAUUUUCUCCAAUCAAUCAGCACUGGAAUCUCUGGCAUUGAUUCCUCUGCAGGCUCCUCUGAAGACAAUGUUGCAGAUGUCUGUGGUUCCUUUAAUCAAUAACUGGACAAAGAGAGGAGUUCGGAUUCCUCUGGCUGAUGGGAUAGAUUUCAUUGAGGAGGUGGUUGAAUAUCACAAUGGAUUCAUCCUGAUUGGAGCAAAUCUUCACUUCAGCAAAGGACUCAGAGAAAUGAUUGCAGGGAACGUCCAGACAGAGCCAGACACUGUCUAAACAUAUGUAUCUAUAUAUAUAUAUAUAUACAGUGUACACUGUAUAUACAAUGUAAAUAUACACUGUGUGAACAUACUGUAUAUGACAACAUGUGAAUAUAUACAAACAUAUUAGCAUGUUAAUGAUCAAAGGGUACAGGCACAAUCUAAAUAUAUAUAUAACUGCAUUCUGUAUAUAUAGAUGUUUGCAUGGAAGACAGAUAUAUAUAUACUGUAAAACCUCUAAUAAUACGGCCUUUAUUGGGGACCAGCAUCUAUUUGGGACAGAGCUUUAAAUUCUUCAGCACAAACUUGGCACAGAUGGAAAUUGUAACUGCUGCUUCUCCUCAGUUUUGUUCAGUAAAUUUGACGACUAACAGGUAACUUGCGGUAAAUUUCAGGUCCUACUUUUUUCUUUGUGCCACCAUGACACUGAACAUGAAAGUUGUUUUACGGCAGCUGAAGAUUUACGGCAGACGGCGUACAGACAGCGAGCAACAGACUUCACAUGAUAAUAUUCACAGCUCAGAUUAAUUCUAAUGAAACACUUUGUUCUGAUGGGUGGACCCUGACGUACUAAAACAUUAAACUUUAAUGUUCAUAGUUUAAAAUGAAGGCUCUAGGUGAGUGGUCGUCUGCCUCAACCAGUUGGGGUGAGAGAGAGAGAGAGAGAGAGAGAGAGAGAGAGAGACACAGACAGACAGACAGACAGACAGACAGACACAGCAACAACAGUAGCAACAACUACACUAAUAGUAGUGACUGAUGAUGAUUAACAUGAAGAAGAUGAUGGCGAUGUCAACAACGAUCCAUCCAUACUGUCAAGACGUUAAAUAUUUAUAUUUAUGUAAAGAUCUAAAACUCGCUCAAGUGGGUGACCCAGUGGGUUUAAGAGGUUUUAUACAUCCACAAAAUUUCUAGAAAAUCAAGACCAGGCCUCUCUUGGAGACCUGCGUUAAUUUGUCAAAACGUGGAGCCACAGCAGGCUUUUAAAGGAAACCUGUGUCUAUUUGGGACCCUGCUUUUAUUGGAAGUUUUACGGUGACUGCAUGUGUUUAUAUGACACAGUCUACAUUGAUAUUGAACUAUACACUAACAAUAUGUUUAUCAAUAUAUUUAAAUAUAGACAGAUUAUAUAAACUGACACUGGGUGUUUCUCAAACCCAAUAAUUCAAAGAAGAGAUUUGUGUUCUUGGUGAGAACGUUCAGCACCGAGGAUUCAUCACUGAUUACUCCUCAACUGUAUACUAACAAUGUAAUUUAUAAUAAUAAAGCAGUGACUGUAGACCUUUCA